AUGCAUCCCGGCGGCUACAACCACCGUCCCAACACGGCCCCGUACGGCGCGUACGGCUACCGCAACGGCAGCAAUGCUCCGCCCUACCGCCACCAUCCGCCGCCGCCGCAGCAGCAGCAGCAGCAGCUGACGCCGCAGGAAAAGGAAGAGAUACUGCUGACCGCCGGCCGCUUCGCCGCCGAGUACCUGGUGAGCACGGGCGAGCUGCCCGCGCGCGUGCUGCACAACCGCCCGCCGCCGCCGCUCCCGUUCCAGCAGCAACGACGCCCAGCGCCACCGUUCCUCCACGAACGCCCGCUCGCGACGCAGCGCUUCCAGCACCGCCCGCCGGCGCCGGCGCCGCGCCAGUUCCAGCAGCAGCGUCCGCCGUUCGCUCCCCGCCCGUUCCAGGGGCAGGGCCGGCCGAUCGCCAAGCGUCCCCGGCCGCCGUUCCAUGGGCGCCCCCCGUUUUUCCCUUCGGCCGGCGCGCGUGGCUCCGCCGCUCCUGCCGCCCAGAAGGGGCGCCCCGGCCAGGGCGCGGAGGCGCCUGCCGCGACGAAGGGCGGUUUGAGUGAUGCGCCGGCGGGAGAUGGGAGCAGCGGCCAGCCUGUGGCGCCGCCAUCGGGUGACGCUGGCACGGCUCAGAGUCAGAACACGCAGACGAUGGAUCAUCAGGCCAACCAAGGCUAA